AUGAAAUCUCGCUGGGCCGACGACAAGGAAGACGCUGCUCUCCAAGCGCAGCGCAAACGCGAGAAGGAGGAGAAGAAACGGGCAAAAGCCGAGAAACAGCGUCGAGCAGACGAAGCUGCCGCCCAGCUCCUCUCGCAGCAACAAGAAGCCGCCGCUGCCCAAUCGCAAGAAAUCGAGCUUUCGUCUCGGCCCUUGAAACGCAGGAAGCUAUCGCUUGAGCCUGAGAAUGGGGAGCCGGAAGAAGUGCUGCCGCCCGCCCAGCUGCUGCGGUUCCCGGCGCCCGAGUGGAAGAAGUGCAGGAGCGUGGAGGAUUACGAAAAGCUGAAUGACAUCGAGGAGGGUGCGUACGGAUGGGUGUCUCGAGCGAAAGAUACGGCGACGGGGAAGAUAGUUGCGCUUAAAAGACUGAAGAUGGAUGAUGCCCAGGAUGGGAUUCCCGUUACCGGGUUGAGGGAGAUUCAGACGCUGAGGGACUGCGAGCAUCCGAACAUUGUUGCUCUGCAAGAAGUAGUUGUGGGGGAAGAUACGAGUAAGAUUGAGAGCGUCUUCCUCGUCCUCGACUUCCUCGAACACGACCUAAAAACCCUCUUAGAAGACAUGAGCGAGCCUUUCCUCCCAUCGGAAACCAAGACCCUCCUCCUGCAACUCACCUCCGGCGUCGCCUACCUGCACGAAAACUGGAUCCUACAUCGAGACCUCAAGACCUCCAACCUCCUCCUCAACAACCGUGGCGUGCUCAAGAUCGCCGACUUCGGCAUGGCGCGGUACUUCGGGGACCCGUGUCCCAAGCUGACCCAGCUGGUCGUAACGCUGUGGUACCGGGCUCCCGAACUGCUGCUGGGGACUGAGCGCUACGGCGCCGCGGUCGACAUGUGGUCCGUCGGGUGCAUCUUCGGCGAGCUCCUGACACGGGAGCCGCUGCUGCAAGGGAAGAACGAGGUCGACUCGCUCUCGCGCAUCUUCGAGCUCUGCGGCGUCCCGACAGAGGAGUCCUGGCCGGGCUUCCGCCGCCUGCCCAACGCGCGCUCUCUCAAGCUGCCCAAGAACCCCGUCGCGCAGGGCUCGGUCCUGCGCGCCAAGUUCCCGUUCCUGACGACGGCCGGCGCCAGGCUGCUGAUGGACCUGCUGAGCCUGGAUCCCGGGAAGAGGCCGACGGCGCGGGAGGUCCUGGAGCACGCGUUCUUCAAGGAGGACCCGAAGCCGAAGAGUGCCGAGAUGUUCCCUACAUUUCCGAGCAAAGCGGGUCAGGAGAAGCGGAGGAGAAGAGGCACGCCGAAUGCGCCGGGCAGGGGGGGGAAGGUGCCGGAGAUCAAGGCGGUAGAUUUUAGCGGGAUAUUUGCGGGGAGGGAAGAUGAGGAAAGGGGGGCUGGGUUCUCGUUAAAGCUGAUUUAG